GCCAAGCUCCCCUCCUCCCCUCACCCUUCCCCGUCUCCGACCACUGCUGACCGGGGACAGGGACGCUCAGAGUUUGCCGUCCAGCAUGGGGCCGGAGCCGGUCGGAUCCGCCUCUCCCACAGGUGUCCCGGACCCUCGGCGCAGGGACGUCUGCUGAGAGAAGGAACCUGGCAUCCUGGACCGGGGAGGAGCCGGGGGUGGGCGCCGUCUGGAAAGUUGUUCUACGCUCGGGGGAUUGGGGGGUCCCCGUGAGCCUCGGUCUCCCCCGACCCCAUGGGCGGCAUCAACUUCCAGACCGGACUUCUGGUCGUCAGCUACUUCGGUUACUUACUGCUGGGCUCGGUCAUAUUCCAAGCCCUGGAGAGAAACUCGGAGAAAGAGCUGAAAGCGUCCGUGUACGAGAUGAAAGCCGCCUUCCUGGAGAACCUGGCCUCCCUGACGCCUCAGGACGUGGAGGAGUUUGUGAAGAACCUGACGCAGGCCAUCCAGAGGGGGGUGUACCCCCUGGGCAAUGCCACCGACACGGACCACAGCAACUGGGAUUUCAGUAAUUCCUUCUUCUUCGUAGGUUCCAUUGUGUCCACCAUAGGCGGUGCCAAGAUUGCGUCGGGCGGCAGGAGGAAGGUCCCCGAUUGCCGCGGCCCGUGUGACCCGGUGGGUCCCGGGGCGAGGGAAGCGCCGGAUACAGAGCUGGGAAUCCAGAAGGUCACCCCAGGCUGCGGGACUCUGUCUCCCAAGACGGCAGGCGGCCAGAUCUUCUGCGUCUUCUUCGCCCUGUUUGGGAUCCCCUUGAACAUCAUCGUCCUCCACCGGGUGGGGAAGGCCCUGUCGUCGCUGUGCGAGAGGCUGGGGAAAUGCCUGUACAGGAAGGGGAUGAGAGAGAAAAGGAUUAAGUUUCUGACGCUCCAGUUCUUCCUGGUGACCGGCGUCCUCGUGUUCCUGGGGCUUCCGGCCCUCGUCUUCCACUCGGUCGAGGGCUGGACGUACAACGAAGGGAUCUACUACGCCUUCAUCACUUUGAGCACCAUCGGCUUUGGGGAUUACGUCGUAGGCGUGCAGCCCGGGCGGACGUACCGCUCCUAUUACCGGGCGCUGGUGGCCAUCUGGAUCCUGUUCGGGCUGGCCUGGAUCGCCCUCCUCUUCAACCUGCUCACCACGUUUCUGGAGGACACGGAGAGGAAGAUCGCGGAGGACCUCCACAAAAUCGCGUCCGAGCGGGAGCAUGGGAGGAGUGUGAUCCGCUGCCAGCUCUCCAAGGCAGGUCUCAAAGAGGAGGAGGAAGAGGAGCUCACCCUGGGCCCCUGAGGGGUUGCCCGAGCUGGAUUUUGUGCAUCGCGGGCCAAACGGAGAAGGGGGAGGGGGCAACUCUGUCCUCAGAGGGCCGGGACCUACCGUCUGGGGAGGGGCCACUGUCACACACCUCCAGGGUUGCGGGUUUUCAAAUUUCCAACCACGUUGUAGGCCCCGGCCCCCUCGGUGGGGCACCUUGAGGCGGCUACCUCCCUCGCUUCCUGGCCGGCACCGAGUCUGCUGUGGCCGGGGCCCGGGGGCGGCCGUCAAACUUGCGAAUUAUAGUUGGUGGUGUUCGAAGAGCGAUAACUAUGAAAAGGAGUUCCCAAAAACCCAAGAUCCGCAGCUCGAUCCCUCUCCUCAAACUUUCCUCUUUGGAGCUGACCCCCUGGGACUCCAAACCCAGAGCCAAGCAGGCUCUUCCUCUACCGCUUCCUCCCGAAAGAGGCCGGGGAAACGAAAUAACCUCCCGAUGACUGGGCCAGCUGUUGUUCCCUCUCGGCCGUCAGCCAUCCGGGAAAGGACUCUCCCUGUGGCGAAUGGCAGCUUCCCUCCGUUGGCGCCAGAGAAUUGGACAGGUCUCCUUUCUGAGGGUCGACACGAUUGCAAGUUAGCUAGCCGUUCGUUCAUCCUGACCACGGGAGGGGCCGGGGCCGGACUCCCUCCGAAGUCACUGCCAGGAAAUUCCAAUGUCGGCGUGGCGGGGGUGGGAAG